AUGGCAGCAGCCCCGUGUGGAGGAGCUGCUCAACGGAGAGCUGUAGAAGAGCGAGCAGAGAGGGAAAGACGUUCAGUGAUGGGAGACGCUCACCGGAAUGACAGCGGCGGUGCGAAGCUGAUCGGGACAGCGAUGGCACUGCUCGUACGCUCGAUGAAUCCCGAACAGCAGCAGCAACGACUGAGGGAAGCUAGGAUCAACAACCUCGAGCAAGGGAUAAACACAAUCUCGACUGUCAUUUCAAACAUCAACACUCAAAUGGAGCAGGUCCAAAAGAAACUUGAUGAGGACAAGGCAAAGGUAGCAGCACGAGUGGAGGAUAUAAACAAAAAGUGGGUUGCAAAGCAAAAAUCUGGGGACUGCCCAGUCGCCUGCGGACCGCCGCAACCACCGCAGCGGACUGUCGCUGACCUACCAAUUGUAGUCUGCCCAGCCGCCGGCGGACCCGCGCAUACCCCGCGGCGGGCCGCCACUAACAAGGAAGAAUCGUCCACCAAACAGGUGCUCGUGCAGAACAAUGAGAUUGAAAUAACCAAAUAUGCAAAGCUAUUAACGGAGGCGGUGAUGAGGAAGAAAAAGCCGAUCAAAGCCGACCUUAAGCUACUGCAUCAUUGCAGCGAGAUCUUCCAAAAGGAAAGGGCAGUGAAACAGAGAGACCCCGAGCAGUUCAUCAUAAGGUGCCGGAUCGGAGAAGGGAAAGUUGACAAGGCCCUAUGUGACUUAGGGUCAUCCAUCAAUCUCAUGCCACUGAAGUAUUACGAAAAGCUCAACAUUGGGCCGCUCAAAACUUCAGACGUGACUCUUAGGCUGGCCGAUAACUCGUCCAUCAAAACAGUAGGUAUGAUUGAGGAUGUGUUGGUGAAGGUUGAUGAUUUCAUCUUUCCUGCCGAUUUUAUUGUGCUUGAUAUGAAAAUGGACAAGAAUGUUUCUCUAAUCUUAGGCAGAGAUUUUCUAGCUACUUGCAAAGCUUUGAUUUAUGUAGGUCGUGGAGAGAUCACAAUCAGUGACAAUUAUAGUCGCUCCACCUACAAGAUCGAGACGAGAUACUUAAAUUUGAGGAGGCAAAGCAGGCAGAGAUGGAACGGCAGUGCAGGGCAAUCAUGGUCACGGCUUGACAAAGCCUCAUGA